GCGGGGGCUGCGCGGGGCGCGCGGGGAGGAUUGCCUGAACUAUCCUCUGCUGCAAAGCAUGAAGACCGUUUGUUUAAGGAUUUAUUUGAAGAUUAUGAAAGGUGGGUUCGUCCUGUGGAACACCUGAGUGACAAAAUAAAAAUCAAGUUUGGCCUUGCAAUAUCUCAGUUAGUGGAUGUGGAUGAGAAAAACCAGCUAAUGACGACAAACGUCUGGUUGAAACAGGAAUGGAUAGAUGUAAAAUUAAGAUGGAAUCCUGAUGACUAUGGUGGAAUAAAAAUUAUACGUGUUCCUUCAGACUCUCUGUGGAUCCCAGACAUCGUUUUGUUUGAUAAUGCAGACGGACGUUUUGAAGGCGCCAGUACGAAAACAAUUGUCAGAUAUAAUGGCACUGUCACCUGGACACAGCCGGCAAACUACAAAAGUUCCUGUACCAUCGAUGUCACCUUUUUCCCAUUUGAUCUCCAGAACUGUUCCAUGAAAUUCGGCUCUUGGACAUACGAUGGAUCCCAGGUUGAUAUAAUCCUGGAGGACCGAGAUGUGGACAGGACAGACUUCUUUGACAACGGGGAAUGGGAAAUCAUGAGUGCAAUGGGAAGCAAAGGAAACAGAACAGACAGCUGCUGCUGGUACCCAUACGUCACGUACUCCUUCGUGAUUAAGCGGCUGCCGCUCUUUUAUACCCUAUUCCUUAUCAUCCCCUGCAUCGGGCUCUCGUUUCUGACUGUGGUUGUCUUCUAUCUCCCUUCCAAUGAAGGGGAGAAGAUCAGCCUGUGCACUUCAGUCCUUGUCUCUCUGACUGUCUUCCUUCUGGUUAUUGAGGAGAUCAUACCCUCGUCUUCCAAAGUCAUACCUCUGAUUGGAGAGUACUUGGUGUUUACCAUGAUUUUCGUGACACUGUCCAUUAUGGUGACUGUCUUUGCCAUCAACAUCCACCAUCGCUCAUCCUCAACACACAAUGCUAUGGCACCUUGGGUUCGUAAGAUAUUUCUUCACAAGCUUCCCAAACUGCUUUGCAUGAGAAGUCACGUAGACAGGUACUUCACUCAGAGAGAAGAAACUGAGAAUGUUAGCCGACCUAAAUCUAGGAACACGUUGGAAGCUGCCCUCGACUGUAUCCGCUACAUCACCAGGCAUGUCAUGAAGGAGAAUGAUGUCCGCGAGGUUGUUGAAGAUUGGAAAUUCAUAGCCCAAGUUCUUGAUCGGAUGUUUCUGUGGACUUUUCUUCUGGUUUCAAUCAUCGGGACUCUAGGGCUUUUUGUUCCUGUUAUUUAUAAAUGGGCCAAUAUAAUAGUCCCGGUUCACAUUGGAAAUACAAUUAAGUGAAGCCAAGAAAUUACUAUGAAUUUAGUUAGCAACCAUGCAUCUCUUAGGAAAUGUAUACAGUUAUGAAAAUGUGAAAUUAUUUACAAUCUGAUAUAGGCUGUAACAGAUUAGUAACUUCUAACUUGGCUUGAUAUUGUCCAUUAGAACUGAACUCAUAACUUCAAGUAGCAACAAAACAUUGUCCAGCUGUGCUGGUGAAAGCUACUAAAUGUGGAAUCCGUGACGAAGUGCAUCUUUGGAGUACUGGAAAAUGCAGUUAUAUUUGAAGACCGUUUACAACUUUUUCCAAAUUUAGUAAAAGCAUAUAUUUGUGUG